AUGGAUCCAAAGUGGUUUCCUCCUCCAGAUCGCCCCUUCCAACCUGGAGAACGAAGCGUGUUCGGCGCGAGCGCCAUUGGCAUCACUACCCUGUUGCUCCCGCAAGGUCAGUUUCGCAAGAUAAUCGCCAUACCCCCGAUUCUGUGGAUUAUCUUCAACCUGCGACGUCACACUACCGGGAAGCUUGAAGAAGACUAUAUGACUGCCAUCAAUGUCUGCAUGAUCUUGAUCAGAUGGCUCGAUUUUGAAGUGUUGCAUAAGGCGGAGCAGACGUUUCGACGAGUAAAAUCGGACGGUACAACGGAGACCGCGGAGGACAUACAAAAGAUGACCAUCUGGCAGAAAUUCUGCUGGGGUCUUCAACUUUUCGCGACGAUGCGUGGAAUUGGUUGGAAUUGGCGCGUCAAGAACGUUGGCGAGGUCCCUAGAGACAUUUCUCGCAGUCGAUUUGUCUUAGAGCAGGUUGCCAGAGCCUCAUACUGCUUUCUUUACAUGGACAUUGACGAGUGGUACAUGCGUCGGACACCUUUCGGAGACGGCACCAGUCCUGUUCCCGAUCUCUUCACCGUCCCACUUUGGCAACAGAUUCUCCUGGGAUGGUCUUCUGCCUUCCACAGCGGUUUCACAAUGGUCUUCGGUUAUUACCUGGCCGCGGCGGUCGCCGUCGGUACUGGGCUCUACACGCCUCAAUCAUGGCCCCCAUUCUUCGGUUCGUUCAUCAAAAAGGGAUACAGCCUGAGGAACAUUUGGGGUUCCUGUUGGCAUCAACUGCUUCGUCGAAUGUUUGAGAGUGCCAAUUCCGCUCUUCUGCGGCUCUUGAGGGUCAAAAAGGGUACUCUAGUCUCACGGUAUGUGCAGCUAUACAAUGCUUUCUUGGUGUCGGCCCUUAUCCAUCAUGCUGGAGCCCUCAAUUGCCCGUCUUCGUCCUUUGCUUGGUGUCAGUUCUAUUUCUUCAUGAUUCAGCCGGUUGCAAUCACGUUCGAAGACCUCGCCAUAUACCUGGGCAAGAAAACGGGCCUGAAGGACACCUGGAAAACUAGAGCUGUCGGGUACGUCUGGGUUGUCUGUUUCUUGAGUUAUUCUCUUCGAUAUGCAGCCAAAGGCAUUCUGGCCGCUGGAUUGGGUGGAGUCAGACAUCCGUUUGUGGACACAUUUAGCAUCAUAGACCGACUGUUUGGAUGA